UUUUUUCUACUUCAGACUGCCUUCCUACCCUCUUCUCAGAACAGAAUCAAAGAGAAGCUGUCCUAGAGAAGCUUCUCUCUCUCUCUUUUUCCAAGAGAGUAGGAAGGAAUGGCCUCUUCCUCUAUCCACAUUUCUAUCUCCAAUACCAACCUUUCAAAAAUUACCAGACCUGAUCUUUCUGCGAUCAGGAUGACCGCCACAUCCACCAAAGUAAUUUUGCCCUCCCAAUCCAUCUCCAGAUCAAGCAACCUGCGACUUCCUUCCAGUUCUUCUCCCCUGCGCUGCACCUCAAUCCUUGAUCAUGUCCGCAUGGCUCCCGAACCACCAAACAAGCCUCGAGAAGAUCCAUUAAGGAUCGCCAUCAUUGGAUUCGGAAACUUUGGGCAGUUCAUAGCUAGAGGGCUCGCGAGGCAGGGCCACAACGUGCUUGCGACGUCGAGAACGGACUACUCACAGUAUUGCAAUCGACAUGGGAUCCAAUUCUUUCGGAGCCUGGACGCAAUGUGUGAGGAGCAACCGGACAUUGUGCUCGUCUGUACUUCCAUCCUGUCGACGGAGGGUGUCAUUCGUAGGAUCCCACUGCACAAGCUCAAGCCUGACACCAUCUUCGCCGACGUUCUAUCCGUCAAGCAGUACCCCAGAAAUCUAUUCGUCGAGGUUCUUCCGCCGGAAUUUGGGAUAGUGUGCACGCACCCAAUGUUUGGGCCCGAGAGUGGGAGGCAUGGCUGGGUGGGGCUGCCCUUCGUCUAUGACCAAGUCCGGGUCCGUCCUCACAGCUUGCAAGCUCGGAAUUGUGCCCGUUUCUUGAACAUCUUUGAGAAAGAGGGUUGUAGGAUGGUGCAUAUGUCAUGUGAAGAACAUGAUCGCUAUGCUGCCGGCAGUCAGUUCAUUACCCACACAAUUGGAAGGAUCCUAUCACAUCUGAAUCUGGAGUCAACACCCAUUAACACAAAGGGAUAUGAGACCCUCCUGAACCUGACAGAGAAUACAGUCAGUGACAGUACGGAUCUCUAUUUUGGGCUCUUCAUGUACAAUGUGAACGCCACAGAGCAGAUUGCUAACCUUGAUAGAGCAUUUGAGACCGUGAAGCAGAAGCUCUUUGGAAAGCUCCAUGACAUUCUAAGAGAACAAAUUGUGGAGAGGAUACCAAUGCCGGGGACACCCACAGCUACAAGGGUGAUGGAUCCCCACUUCCUACGUGAUGCUAACCGAAUGGAAGGCCUAACCUCCUUAAUUGUACCCCGACGCUCCGAACAUGUGAAAUGAAUGGAAGACAUCUCGCAACAACCCUCACCCUCAAGGUCCCCAAGUCUCAGAUAGAGAGAGAGAGAGAGAGAGAGAGAGAGAUUAAAAUAUAAACAUGUCAAAUUUUGUUUUUUUGUUUUUGAUUUUUGGUUGGCGAAUUGAGCCAAUUCUCGCAAGCAGUGUUGCUGUACCAGAUUCUUGGAGCCUUCUUAAACCGGAAAAUCUGCUCAUUUAUUUCCUUCA